UGAAAUUUAAGUUCGUGCGCUUUUACCUUUUCGGGAGUCUCCAGCUGCCCCUCAGUUGUGUCAGGAACGCCGAGUAGCCAGGAGUUCCCGAGCAGACUGGGUCGCACCAAGUUUCCGUCUUUUGGAAUUGGGAAAGGUUUUCCUAGGUGGUGUUUUUUGGUUUUUUGUUUUUUUUGUUUUUUUUUGUUUUUGCCAGUUUUAAUCACUUUGAAUACUCCCUUAAAGUAGCUAAACAUAGGAAGAAAAAGAACACGUCGAGUGUUAAAAGCAAGAAAGAUCUGCCCUAUAGUGUGACUCCUCUAGAAAGCCAAGUAUUUUAGUAAAACCCUAAGAUGUCGAGAUUUGUUCAAGAUCUUAGCAAAGCAAUGUCGCAAGAUGGCGCUUCUCAAUUCCAAGAAGUCAUUAGACAAGAGCUAGAAUUAUCUGUGAAGAAGGAAUUAGAAAAAAUACUUACCACAGCACCCUCACAUGAAUUUGAGCACACUAAAAAAGAUUUUGAUGGAUUUCGGAAGCUAUUUCAUAGAUUUUUGCAAGAAAAAGGACCUUCUGUGGAUUGGGGGAAAAUCCAGAGACCUCCGGAAGAUUCAAUUCAACCAUAUGAGAAGAUAAAGGCCAGAGGCUUGCCUGAAAAUAUAUCUUCUGUGUUGAACAAGCUAGUGGUAGUAAAACUCAAUGGUGGUUUGGGAACCAGCAUGGGCUGCAAAGGCCCUAAAAGUCUGAUUGGUGUGAGAAAUGAGAAUACCUUUUUGGAUUUGACUGUUCAGCAAAUUGAACAUUUGAACAAAACCUACAAUACAGAUGUUCCUCUUGUUUUAAUGAACUCUUUUAACACGGAUGAAGAUACCAAAAAAAUACUACAGAAGUACAAUCAUUGUCGUGUGAAAAUCUACACUUUCAAUCAAAGCAGGUAUCCAAGGAUUAAUAAAGAAUCUUUACUUCCUGUAGCAAAGGAUGUAUCUUACUCAGGUGAAAAUACAGAAGCUUGGUACCCUCCAGGUCAUGGUGAUAUCUAUGCCAGUUUCUACAACUCUGGUUUCCUCGACACCUUUAUAGGAGAAGGCAAAGAAUAUAUAUUUGUGUCUAACAUUGAUAAUCUGGGUGCCACAGUGGAUCUUUAUAUUCUUAAUCAUCUAAUGAACCCACCCAAUGGAAAACGCUGUGAAUUUGUCAUGGAAGUCACAAAUAAAACACGUGCAGAUGUAAAGGGUGGGACACUCACUCAGUAUGAAGGCAAACUGAGACUGGUGGAAAUUGCUCAAGUGCCAAAAGCACACGUUGAUGAGUUCAAGUCUGUAUCAAAAUUUAAAAUAUUUAACACAAACAACCUAUGGAUAUCUCUUGCAGCAGUUAAAAGACUGCAGGAACAAAAUGCCAUUGACAUGGAAAUCAUUGUGAAUGCAAAAACUUUGGAUGGAGGCCUGAAUGUCAUUCAGUUAGAAACUGCAGUGGGGGCUGCAAUUAAAAGUUUUGAGAAUUCCUUAGGUAUUAAUGUUCCAAGAAGCCGUUUUCUUCCUGUCAAAACCACAUCAGAUCUCUUGCUUGUGAUGUCAAACCUCUAUAGCCUUAAUGCAGGAUCUCUGACGAUGAGUGAAAAGCGGGAAUUUCCUACAGUGCCCUUGGUUAAAUUAGGCAGCUCAUUUACAAAGGUUCAAGAUUAUCUAAGAAGAUUUGAAAGUAUACCAGAUAUGCUUGAAUUGGAUCACCUCACAGUUUCAGGAGAUGUGACAUUUGGCAAAAAUGUUUCAUUAAAGGGAACAGUUAUCAUCAUUGCAAAUCAUGGUGACAGAAUUGACAUCCCACCUGGAGCAGUACUAGAGAACAAAAUUGUAUCUGGAAACCUUCGCAUCUUGGACCACUGAAAUGAACAAUACUGUGUACACUUUAUACUAAUUAUGGGCUAAAGAGUUUCUUACAAUGUUACCUCUAGACCUCUAGGAUUCUAAAAUACGCCAGUACUUUAUUAUGUUACUGUAUCCUUAAGUAUUGAUUUUUAAAGUAGUUUUUCUGCAGUAUGCUUUUAGUCUAAGAAAAGCACAGAUGGAACAAUACUUGCCUUCUUUGGAGAGAAUCCUGAAGGUUAAUCAUAUUAAAGUGCAAUACUGUUUAAUCAUAAAAGUGAGGCAGUCUGCUGGAAAAAAUCUUUUAACAGCAGCCUCACUGACAGUCCCUUUUAAUUGCCUGUGAUUUCAACAAUAAAGCAGUGAAGCAAUAUAUGUGUAUUCUUGGAGUUUUUGAUGCUAAUUUUAUUAACUGGCAAAAUAAAUGGGUUUAAUCUUA